UGCCAUUUGACAGUUGCCCCAUCUGCUUUGAAACUAUCGUGCCGAUGCGAAUCGAUUUUUUACCGCUGGCGGUUUGUUUGUUUACGAGAAGGUGUAAAAAUUUCUCUAAAAAGUGCGGCAUUAUUUGAAAUUACAACAUGAAUUCGGCUACGAAAGUGGGAGAAAUUUUCACAGCCGCUGGAGCCGCGUUCAAUCGAUUGGGUGAGCUGACGAUGCAGCUGCAUCCCUCUUCCGAUUCACCAACCGGGAGCAAAUGGACAGAUGAAGAAAUAGAAAUGCUUCGCUCAGCUGUGACCCGCUUUAGCGAAGAUCUCAACAAAGUCAGUCAACGCAUCAAGGGACGGACAGUAUCACAAAUUCGACAGACGCUAAAGAAAAAGGCUUUCGAAGAUGCUGGCAUUCAGAUUAAACAACAACCCACCCAGCAACACCAACUCGCCUCACCACAGCAGCAGCAGUCGCAAGCCAUUCUAGUACAGCAACAACCGAGUGUGCAACCGAUGACCAGCGGAACCGAUCAGCAACCAACGUUGGUUGUUAAACAGGAAGAUAGCGAAUCCACCGGAGAUGCGGGCUAUCUGAAUAAACCUUCAAAUAUGAUGACACUGAACCGAUUGAACGUACAGGAGUCGGAAGCGGACGUCGAAGGGUUGGCUAGCGCUGAUGUCAAGCUGGAAUUCGAACCCGGUGCGGAGGAGGUAGCCGGAUGAGAUGAGGUGGCUUUUUACUUUGGUGUUCCUCCGCGGGGGUAAACAUCGCAGGUUUUAUUCCUUACGUUUCAUCGUUUUAGUAUAGAUACACUACUGAGUGAAUUAGAUUCGAACAGUUCCCAGCAUUGAUUCUUGUUCACAAUUAUACAUUUGUUCAGAAAUUGUUGCGUAGACUCGAGUAAGGUCUCAGAAUGUAGCCAUCGAAUACUGCUAAAACAUAUUUGAAUAUCACACACGUGGCUAGAAAUAAAGAUAAAUGUAUGUAUGCUAAA